AUGGCUUUCAUAAUUAAUCGUUCAUCACGAUCAUGCUUAACUGCUGUUUUGAACCAUUCAUCGAAGUUUUUAUCAUCAAAUCAUGUACGCUACACUUCAUCUGAACAUCGUCCAAUGAUGUUGAUGGAUUUGCCUCGUGUAGUUUAUCCAAAUUUAUUUUAUACAAUAAGAAAUUUAUUUUCUCGACUUCUCAUAACUGGAUAUUUUGAUUCAACAUUUGCUAUGAAACCAUUUUCUGAAGGUGCUCGACAAGCGUUAACUGUUGCUUCACGUCUGAUUGCUAACAAUCAGUUUGAAGAGCUCUCAGAAUUUGCUACACAAAAGGCUAUUGCUGAAUUGAAAAAGAAUUAUCAAUAUUUAACAUCUGAACAAAAACAAAAACUUCCGGUUGAUGAAUCUGAAAUUGUUUUUUCGUAUCCAUAUUUGAUUGGUAUGAUUAUGGAUGAACAAACAAAUAGUCGUUUAGUUGAAAUAACAAUGAUUUUUCAUGUUCUGAAAGAUCGAAAGUCAUAUCAAGUUGGAGUACUUAAUGCCACAGCUGAUGCCGCUGCAAAUUGGGCAGCUUCGGUGAAGAAAAUGCGUGAUAAUAUUGUUGUUUGUAAUUAUAAAUUCUUACGUGAUAUGAGCAAAAAUGCGAAAGAUGAUAGUUGGAUUAUUAGUGGACUUAAUCAUUGGUUACCAAGUGAAUAUGAAAAAUAA